AUGUUGGAUUAUUUCGACUUCGACAUGCAGCUCUCCGCAGGAUCGUCUGCGGACAGCGAUGCAGAGUACAAAUUCCUUCCGCAGACUCCGGUCCGCACACCUACGGAGACCCCCGUGUCGGGCAAUACUCCCAACGAACUAAGCGUCUCUGUCUCGCGUACUUUCCAUCCGUACACUUCCUUCAACAACCGUGCCCCGGACAUCGUGUUCAUUUCACGAGAUGAUGUCUUCUUCUACGUGCAUUGCUCCAAGGUCCUGGCCGCAUCCGAUAACGGCUUCGCGAUGCUCCUCCCAACGGCGUUCGAAAUAGACGGGCACCUUCCCGCCGUAGCGACGCCCGAACCCGCUAACGUGCUCGGCAUCAUCCUGCACAUCGUCUAUGGGCUGUCUGUCUCUGGGUCCGGGCCCUCGCUCGAGACGAUCUCCGCGACGCUCGACGUGCUCCCACAGUAUGGCUUCUCGUCGAAGCAACAUGCCCGCGCGGGUAUGCCGCUCUGUAACCUCCUCGCCGCCUGUGCGCCGCUCCGCCCAAUCGACACAUACGCGCUUGCCGCGAAGCACGACCUCCUCGACGCCGCGAUCGCUGCGUCCGCGCAUCUCCUCGCCUUCCCGCUCGCGUCGCUCACGGAUGAGCUCGCCACGCGUGUUGGUUCGUUAUACCUCAAGAGACUGUUUUUCCUCCACAUCGGUCGCAUCGAGGCCCUGAAGCAUCUGCUAUCGCACCUACCUAGUCACCAUCCGGAUACCGCUGAGUGCUCGGAUGUCCAGCAGAGGUGUUUGGCGCGUGCGUGGGCGUUGGGUGUUGCCCAUAUCAUGUGGGAUGCCGGGCCUAAUAUAUCCACACAAUUAUUGCAAGCCACAUUCCUCCCUCUGCUGGAAGACUUGACGUGCUCAAAGUGUAAUGCUGCCCUCCGCGAUAGGGUAGCAAGUCUGGUUGUUGACUGGGCGUCGGUGAAGAGGACCAUUUAA